AUGACGUCUUAUGCGGAGCUUCUUGCUGCGUGCACGGAGUUUCAGGAGAACUUUGCCAGCCUCAAUGGGAAGUACAACGCCGCGGUGCAGGAGGUGCAAAAUGCGAAGGAGGCGAAUGAGCGCCUGUCCAAGCAGCUUGAGGCCAUGCGGAGCAGCGAGGACAAGCUGCAGCACACAAUCCGUGAGCUGAAGAAGGAGCUUCACGAGGCGCAUGCGUACAAGGACCGCUACCUCGCGGCGAACGUGUCGGUGGAGCACCUCAAGGGAAGACUGGAAAACGCCCGACGCGCCGUUGCGGACAAAAUGUUAGAGCACGAGCAGCAGGUAGAGCAGCUGCAGGGGCAAAUACGGGACCUCCUGCAGCGGGUGAGUGUCUGCGCGGACGCACAGACCACACAGAAGUUGAAGAAGCAAGUUUUGGAGCUGGAGGAACGGUGCGCGGAGCAAAGCGGUCACUUGUUGGAGGAGAAGGAGCGCGGCAGUCAGCAGUUGCUGGCGUCCCACACAGCCCUGCGUGAGCAGCAGGCUCGCAACCUCGAACUGGAGCAGCGCUGCCGCACAUUAGAGGCAGAGAUUACGCAGAUGCGUUCUGUCGUGCGGCGAUCAGCAGACCUGCAGAAUGAGGCCGCCGUCGCGAGGGAGAAGAGUGCGUCCGACGCGCGGAGGGCCGUCAUGCAGGCGGAGUCUGUCGCAGCGGAGCUCCGUGAGACACGAGCGAGGCUUAACGCGGUUGUGGCGCAGCACGCGGAGGAGAUGGAGGCGGCAAAAUCUGCGGCGGAUGGUGAGAAGUCGCAGCUCCUCGAGCGUGUAAGUCAGCUCUCCGCUGCCGUGGAUGACGCCGUCGCGUCACGCAACGCGGAGCAGGAGCGGUAUGCGGUGCUGCAGCGCUCCCUUCACGAGCGUGUCGAGGCGGUGCGGACGGAGACGCGGUUGGAGGUGACGGUGCUUCAGAAGUCGCUUUCUGACGCCCGUGCCGAGGGGCAGCAAUUGGCAUGGCGUGUUGAGCAAACGAAAAUGGAACUGGAGGAGAGCAGACGCGCGGUGCAGCAGCGGGAGGCGAAGCUUGAGAGUUGCGCCGCGGAAUUGAGGCAGUUGCAGACGCGGCUGGAUGCCGUCAUGCAGCGGGAGGCGUGGCUUUCGGCGGAGCGGGACCACCAGCUGGCACAACUCGCCGCGGCCCGCGAACAGGCGCAGCAUUUGGCGGCGUCGCAGCGGGCACAUGAGGAAAGCAAUCUCGCCGGGGAGCGGCUGCGCAUUCAGCUACAGUUUCUCGAGGAGGAAUUGCAGGGGGCGCGUCGCCUUGCGGAGGCCUCCGAUUCACAUGUGAGGGACAUUGAGGAGGCGGCGGAGCGACGGCUGCGUGCCCUGCGCAGCGAACUAAAAAGUGUCAAAAAAAACGCCCGGGCGGAGCGGGCGAAGGCGGACGCCGUGCGACGUCGGUUGGUGCAGGCGCUACUGGAGCGUGAGGCGAAUGUGUUGCCGCAGAUAUGUUUGCAGACUCAGCGGCCGCAUGAGACGGUUGCGACUGCGCCUGAGCAGCAACGGCCUGCUGUGGGGUUGGAUGUGUUGACGCUACUUCGUGGACAGACCGAGCAGGCGGCGGCGUUGCACCACCGACUGGUAGAGCUGUCGAGGUGA